AUAUAUAAGAAUAUGUGGGCCUAGUGCAGACGUUUCAACCAUUUCUUCUUCGCAAGACAAAGGAGCCCUGCAUUUCUCAUGAACUGUGGAAUCGUGUUGGGUUUCUAUUGUUGGGGCUGGGAGUUCUUAACUGCCCUUCUUCUCUUCUCCUCUUUUGCAGAAACUCUUUCUCUUUCUCCUUCUUAGUACUGUUCUUUUUGAGGUUUUUGUUUCUUUGGUCAAUUUGUUUUGUCUGCAACUAAAAGGAAAUCACCAUGUCUCAGCCAAUUCCUGUGGAGCAUGAGUGUGAUAAGGAUCUGUUAGAAUAUGUCAGGAAGUCCUCUCCACCACCCUUCUUGCUGAAAACUUACAUGCUCGUCGAGGAUCCGGCGACCGACGGCAUAAUUUCGUGGAACGCCGACGGGACGGCCUUCGUCGUUUGGCAUCCAGCUGAGUUCGCAAGAGACCUCCUUCCAACCCUCUUCAAGCACAGCAACUUCUCGAGCUUUGUCCGACAACUCAAUACUUAUGGGUUCCGGAAAGUGGUGACGAGCCGGUGGGAGUUCUACAAUGGAAUGUUCAGGAGGGGCCAAAGGGAGCUACUGUGUGAGAUACGUCGAAAAAAAGCAUGGGCAAGCAAGGUUCAUCCUAUUGCACCGAUCCAAACUGUACCACAGGAGUCCGACGAAGAGCGAGGCUCGGCAUCGACGUCUUCGUCGUCUGGUUACAGCAGCCUCUUCGAUGAAAACAAGCGGCUGAAAAGGGAGAAUAAUAUCUUAAACAGUGAACUGGUGAGAAUGAAGAACAAGUGCAAGGAGCUUUUCGAUUUGGUUGCUCAUUACACGAGUUCGGAGAACAUUGAAGAGGAUGAAAGGCCCAAGCUGUUCGGAGUAAGGCUGGGGGUUCCAGUGGAGAAGAAGAGAAAAGAGAGCAGAGCUCAGUGAAAGAAUCCUUGUCUUGUUGUCUCAAUCCUGCAAAUGAGACAAUUAUGCUGUAAAGAUUGAAGCCGCUUGAAUCAAGUGGCUCUAGACAUUUUGAUGAUAGGCUAUUGAAUCUUUAGAGGCUAACUAGCUGCUACAUGUAUAUAUGCUUAAACAAUUAAUUUUAAAAAGAAAAUUACUGUUCUCUCUUUAUUA